CUUCCCGGCAACUCGCGAAGUUGGUAAGAUACACGACUAACACUGCGUAAUAGCAGUGAACAAGGUACGGUUUGAUUCUUUUUCCAGACCUCGGCUCUCGACUGUUAUCCUCACUGCCUUUUCACACUUCACACUGUGGCAUCCUCAGUUGCUGUGCGGCAUUCGAACCCUCUUCAAUUUCCUUCGUGGUCAAUCGAGCAUAAUGGCGCAACAAGACCAGGCAGGAAAUGCAACCGCAGAGCCGUUGAUGCUGAAACUUCCCCACCCGUACCUGACAGCCUACACUAUCAAGAACGUGGCCCAGCAGGGCCAGGCCGUCAGCAAUCAGAUCACCCUCUCUAGGGCUGACAGCAGCAGCGACGGCCUUCCUCCACCCAGCCAGCUGGACAACUCUUCUAUUUCAUUCAGCGAUAUUGCGUUCUUGCCUCAGGACGCAGCACCUGAAAAGGGUGACAACAGUUCCUGGGCACGAGUACGUAGAUCACCCUACCUAACCAUCUCUUGGACUGGGGAACGUCCUAGUGUGCCACAGCUGUGGCUCAUCGCCUAUGCAUUGGUCUCGCUGCACCCUCUAGUCGAGAAUCUUAGGGUACUCUUUGCUGGUAGAGAUUCUCGAGCACUAGCCCAGGAGCUCUAUGUUACCGGCUUGUUUCACCCUCAUCCAAAGCCCUCUGAUGCAUCUUCACCGCAAGAUGGUCAUGUUCUCCUGCGAGGCGCCUUCUGGCAGGGCGCUGCAUCUCCGUUCGGCCCUCGUCCUGUCUGGGCACCACGACUAGACGCCUCAGGAAAGCCAAGAGACCAGCUGUAUCCUGCCUUUCCUCAUCAGACUGCACCAUCUACCCAAUUCCCGGCCCUACCGCGACACACCAUGCAUCCUGUACGAGAACCGAAGCCCGAGCCCGGUUCGGUCAUCUACAGCCGAUGGGUUCCCCACCUCAAAGAGCACUUUUCGAUGAUUGCCCUUGACUACACCAACCCCGCGCAUCUUGCUCUGUUCAACAAGUGGCAGAAUGACCCACGUGUCGCUGCUGGUUGGAACGAGACGGGAACGUUGGAUCAGCACCGCGAGUAUCUACGGAAACUGCAUGAAGACCCCCACGUGCUGACCAUGUUUGCGGCUUUCGACGAUGUGCUCUUCGCCUACUUUGAGGUUUAUUGGGCGAUGGAAGAUCACAUGGGUGCCCACUACCGGUCGGAACUUUAUGACCGUGGCAGGCACUCUCUCGUGGGUGACAUCCGCUUCAGAGGCCCUUACCGAGUCUCUGCGUGGUGGUCUGGGCUCAUGCACUACAUGUUCCUAGAUGAGCCACGUACCUGGAACCUCGUCGGUGAGCCAGCAGCCACUAGCAGCACCGUACUGGCGUACGACUUCGCUCACGGCUUCCAUGUUGAGAAGCUCAUGGAUCUGCCACAUAAGCGAAGUGCACUCAUGAUGGUCAACAGGGAGAAGUUUUUUACACUGAGUCCAUUCGUCUGGGAUGGUGAGAAGAGGGUUCGACCAAGCUUGGAUGCGUUGGCCAAGUUGUAACGUACAUGUUCUCUUUCUUACUCGACUUUGUAGCACUUUAGCGUCAGAGACAUAAUACAUUCAAAGUUUACUGUGGUAGGUGGGCUGCGCACGUCAGGGGUGUCCGCUUGAUGCUCUAGAACAGCUAUAUUCACAUAAUCACAAUGAAACCCUUCCAUUUCAUCUCUCA